AUGAUCCUGAUGAAGGAGCUCCUAGUCUCUCAGGAUCAACUCAUUCAACAGCUUCAGCACCCUUCUACAACUUUGUCGGAGGCUUUUGAGACUCAUCUCGAAAUGUCGUUCGUCAUCCGCCGAGCCGUGUCAACCCUGGUUCCCCCGAAGGUUGCCAACCCUGAGGGUAUCGGAGCUGCCAAAAAUGCUGUUCGCAUGGCGAGAAUAGCCAAAUUUUACGAAAAGCUACCAAAAGGGUCUGCACCAGCGCGAGCACCCAGUGGACCGCUGGGGUGGUAUCAAGCGAAAUAUUUUGGCAAGAAUCCAUCAGCAGCUCCCAUCUGGCACGUCAUUUUCGGAAUCAUGGCAAUGGGUUACAGCAUGGAGUACUAUUUCCAUUUGAGACACCACAAGAACAAUGCCCACUGA